AUGCGUGAGGCGAUUUGCAUCCACAUUGGCCAGGCCGGUUGCCAGGUUGGCAAUGCGUGCUGGGAGCUGUUCUGCCUGGAGCACGGCAUCCAGCCCGACGGCGCGAUGCCCUCCGACAAGACGAUCGGUGUGGAGGACGACGCGUUCAACACGUUCUUCUCGGAGACAGGCGCCGGCAAGCACGUGCCGCGCGCGGUGUUCCUCGACCUGGAGCCGACGGUGGUGGACGAGAUCCGCACGGGCACGUACCGCCAGCUGUUCCACCCCGAGCAGCUGAUCUCCGGCAAGGAGGAUGCGGCCAACAACUACGCUCGCGGUCACUACACGAUCGGCAAGGAGAUCGUGGACCUGUGCCUCGACCGCAUCCGCAAGCUCGCGGACAACUGCACGGGUCUGCAGGGCUUCCUUGUGUACCACGCCGUGGGCGGUGGCACGGGCUCUGGCCUUGGUGCGCUGCUGCUGGAGCGCCUCUCCGUGGACUACGGCAAGAAGUCCAAGCUUGGCUACACUGUGUACCCGUCCCCGCAGAUCUCGACGGCCGUGGUGGAGCCCUACAACUCGGUGCUCUCGACGCACUCGCUGCUUGAGCACACCGACGUUGCGGCGAUGCUUGACAAUGAGGCAAUUUAUGAUUUGACUCGACGCAACCUCGACAUUGAGCGUCCGACGUACACGAACCUGAACCGCCUCAUCGGCCAGGUUGUCUCCUCGCUGACGGCCUCGCUGCGCUUCGACGGUGCGCUGAACGUGGACCUUACGGAGUUCCAGACCAACUUGGUGCCGUACCCGCGUAUCCACUUUGUGCUGACGAGCUACGCGCCGGUGAUUUCGGCGGAGAAGGCGUACCACGAGCAGCUCUCCGUCUCGGAGAUCUCGAACGCGGUGUUCGAGCCUGCGGCGAUGAUGACGAAGUGCGACCCCCGCCACGGCAAGUACAUGGCGUGCUGCCUCAUGUACCGCGGCGACGUGGUGCCGAAGGACGUGAACGCUGCCGUCGCAACAAUCAAGACGAAGCGCACGAUCCAGUUUGUGGACUGGUCGCCCACUGGCUUCAAGUGCGGUAUCAACUACCAGCCCCCGACGGUGGUGCCCGGUGGCGACCUCGCCAAGGUGCAGCGUGCGGUGUGCAUGAUCGCCAACUCGACCGCCAUCGCGGAGGUGUUCGCGCGCAUCGACCACAAGUUCGACCUCAUGUACAGCAAGCGUGCGUUCGUGCACUGGUACGUCGGUGAGGGUAUGGAGGAGGGUGAGUUCUCUGAGGCCCGUGAGGAUCUCGCCGCCCUGGAGAAGGACUACGAGGAGGUCGGCGCGGAGUCUGCGGACAUGGAGGGCGAGGAGGAUGUGGAGGAGUACUAG